CGUAGCACAGGGCGGCACGCUGCGUCACACGGUGCGACUGCUGGCAGACACCAGACUACGGUUCUGCAGUGGAGAUAGCAGUGAAUUUAUACGGCGCCGGUACCAGAACCAUUCAAACAUCAUUUACUACCUCUGUCAGAUGGUGACGGUGCCGGCGACGAUUGGCUGGGUCCUCUGUCCCGUGCUGUCCCGCGCCGUCACAAAGACCGACAAGGAGCACCAGGACGCCCACCGGCAGCUGCCGUUGCCCGUCUGGCUCCCAGUCGACGUCUACGCGUCUCCCACGUACGAGUUCCUGUACGUCGUCCAGUCCUUCUGCACCCUGGUCGCAGCUCAGUCCUGCCUCAGUGUAGACAGCUUCUUUGUUCAUAUGAUGUUGAUGGUGGCCGCCGAGUUGGAAGUUUUGAACUGCAACCUUUCUGACAUGGAACACACCAAUUCGACGAGAACAGAGGGAGAGCGAUUUUUUUCUGGACAUAAACGAAAUGGCGAACGAUUGGCAGUACUUGACAGCGGCCAAGUGGUUGAUCAACAUACAUUGCCAAAGAACACUGCACACGGGCGGCUUCAUCGACAGUUACUGAAGAACGUGCUUCACCAUCAGGCAAUCCUAAGGGAACAAGUGCACCUCUAUGCAAAUUACAGACAUAAAACCAACUGUAGAGAACUUACCGUCAAAUAA